UCCUCCUUGCUAGUACAUCUGCAAACUUUUUCGUCCUUUUCGUCGCGGGUAGAUUGUGCGUAAAAUGUAAAAAUAUUAUUAAUGUGAUUGAAGAUCCACAGAUCAGAGAACAACAGUCCAUUUUCUAAUUGACGCACGUACGACUUGAACAAAAUCGUCAAAACACUAGCUUAUUUUCUGACGUGGCAGUACGAAAAUAGAUCCGAUUUUCACAAACACCACAACGUAAAUACAUUCGCUGUUGGUCACUGUCAUUUCGGCUUUAUUUACGACGAAUUUUCGAGCGAUCUAUGACGCGAACACACACCCAUUUCAAUCCCACCUCCUUCCACAGAUAGCGCAUCUUAAAAACUUGUCCCCUUCACUUCAGUAAACAGUCAGUUUUGCCAUCCCGAUAUUUAUUAAUCGAUAUAUCAUACGGAACACUUGCCUUCCGAAAAGAGAUUAACAGCAUCAUGUCUUGUGUGUUGUACUUGAUGGUGACAGUGGUUUUUCUUGCAGUGAUCACGAGAGUUCGGGGUUACUCAUUCAAAACAUGCGAUUUAGAGGAGUGGUCCAGCUGUUCGAAGCCGCUCUCAGGAAUAAUGGAUUCUGGCUUGACGUACUUCUCCAGCAAACCCGAUCUGGACAUGUUAUGCCCAAUAUCUGAAACACGCGAGCUGUAUGCAAAGUCUGCAAACGCAAAAUCAAAUCUGCUUCGACAAAUACGCCAAAGAUAUAACAUCGAUUCAACUGGAAACCGACCAAAAGGUCCAAAUAAAAGAGAAGGUCACUCCCGACCAAAUCGUUACAUAUGCUAAAAGGAAAAGAGAAGCUGCGGACAUGGGCAUUAGAAGCGUCUGUUGUUCUUUUCAAGAGUAUACCAGUUGUUCGACUCGUACGGUUGAAAGAUCCUGCGGGAACGAGGCGGCGGAAUUUAGCAAGUUCUUUAUGGAGAGAAUGUCUUCGGCGAUGAUAAAGAACCAUUGUCACGAUUACACGCCGGAAAAAUGUGGAAUUUUACCGUCGUCGUCAACAUCAAUAUCAAGUUCCCUAAUUUCACUUAGUGCUAUCACUUUCCUAUCGUUCCUGUUCAGAUGAACCACUUACGAUUAGUAGCAUGUAUUUUCCUCUUUUCAUUUAAUAGAAAAUUAUUAAAUUAUUUACCGCAAUUGUAAUUUACAUUCGACCUAAUGAAAUUGAUGACAGGAAGAUAAAACAAUCGAUUUGCUGAAACUGCUCAUCGAAGGAACCGUCAAAGUUCUACUAAUGAUGUAACAAAAGGUGAAAUAAAAAUGUUAAGCAAACGUAAAUUAUUUUUAAAUCGAAUUGUGUUCAUUCAUUAAUUUUAUUAUUACAUCAAAUAGUUUUUGUCUGUCGUAUACAUCUAUUAGUGUUAGAUUCAUAUUGUGGUCUCAGAUUAGAAAAAAUCUUUUACUGUUUGCAUCAGAAAAAAGGGUGCGAACAGUGACUGAUGAACCUCCCCCCCCGAGGACCCCUUACU